GUGUCAAUCACAUGUUUACCCUCGUGUUGUUGCCUCCUGUCGGAGCUCGCUCUAGUGCUGCUGUAGCGAGACGUCCCGCAACAGAAAACCUGCACCAAAGAAUGUGGAUAAACCUGUUAUAAGACAACACAAACACUCGUCCCAACGUCAGAAGAUGGAAGUGCAGGAUCAAGAGUCUUUGGGCAGAUGGGAUGGACUGGGGAGUCCGGACGCCAGCUCCAGAACUGAAGCCAUGGAGAACAUCUGCCAGGAGGUCCUGAGGAAAGCGGAGGCUAUUGGGCCCAUACCAACAUCGCCCCCCUCGUCCCUGGCCUCAGGCAGCCCACCUAACAGUGACCUGAACGACAUCCUUGCUCACCUGCUCAUGCUUUCCAGACGUUGUCCCUUUGAAGACGUCAAGAAGAGCUGCAUUCGGCUUCUACAGACUGUCCAGGACUUGGGAGUAAGGAUCCCAAGACCCUUGGGUAACGGACCAAGCAGAUUUAUCCCAGAAAAAGAGAUUCUCCAAGUCAGUAAAGUGGACACCAGGACACAGUCAAUAUUUGAGGAUGCGUUUGCAGCCCUCGGUCGCCUGGACAACAUUUCCCUGGUCAUGGGCUUCCACCCACAGUACCUGGAGAGUUUCCUCCGGACACAGCACUACCUGCUGCAGAUGGACGGACCCUUACCUUUGCACUACCGACACUACAUCGGCAUCAUGGCGGCAGCUAGACACCAGUGCUCCUAUUUGGUCAACCUGCACGUGAACGACUUCCUCCAGGUGGGAGGAGAUCUGAAGUGGCUGAACGGCCUGGAUGAAGCACCGCAGAAGCUACAGCAGCUCGGAGAGCUCAAUAAAAUCCUGGCCCACCGACCCUGGCUUCUCACUAAGGAACACAUCGAGCGGUUUCUGAAGGCAGAGGAGCACAGCUGGUCCCUCGCAGAGCUGAUCCACGCAGUGGUCCUCCUCACACACUACCACUCCCUUGCUUCGUUCACAUUCGGCUGCGGCAUCAUGCCUGAGAUCCACUGCGACGGCGGACACACCUUCAGACCCCCCUCCCUUAGCCAGUACUGUGUGUGUGAUAUUGCUAACGGCAACAGUCACGGCAAUCACCACGACAAUCUGUUUGGUAACCAGGAGGUGAAUGGUGAGGUGGAGGUGCUGAUGGAGCGCAUGAAGCAGCUGCAGGAGUGCCGUGAUGACGAGGAGGCCAGCCAGGAGGAGAUGGCGACUCGUUUUGAACGGGAGAAGACGGAGAGCAUGCUGGUGGUCACUGCAGAGGAGGAGGAGUGCGUCCCCUCGAGAGACAUCUCCCGGCACUUUGAGGACCCCAGCUACGGCUACAAGGACUUCUCCAGGAGGGGGGAGCAUGUGCCCACAUUCAGAGUGCAGGAUUACAGCUGGGAGGAUCAUGGCUUCUCUUUGGUCAACCGACUGUAUCCUGAUGUUGGUCAGAUGCUGGACGAGAAGUUCCAGAUGGCCUACAACCUGACCUACAACACCAUGGCAACACACAAGGAUGUGGAUACCAGUAUGCUGCGUCGAGCCAUCUGGAACUACAUUCACUGCAUGUUUGGCAUCAGGUAUGACGACUAUGAUUAUGGAGAGAUAAACCAGCUCUUGGAUCGCAGCUUUAAGAUCUACAUCAAGACCAUGGUGUGUAGUCCUGAGAAGACCACCAAACGAAUGUAUGAGAGUUUUUGGAGGCAGUUCCAGCACUCUGAGAAGGUCCACGUUAAUCUGCUUCUUAUGGAAGCGCGAAUGCAAGCUGAACUUCUAUACGCUCUGAGAGCGAUCACCCGCUACAUGACAUGAAGUGCUUUCAACGUUUUUAUUGUUGUCUUUUUACUGUCGUCGUCGUUGUUGCUCAUUGGGACACAUCAUGAAAGUUAAAAAGAGAGCAGGGGUUUUUGAAAAACACAAAACAAAAAAAACAGAAGAAUGUCCUGAGUUGUCACAGUGCUUGUUGGGUGGAUGUUGAGAAGAGGAUCAGAACAAAAAUGGAAAGCAAGCAAAUGAAAACUGCUGAAGAAAAGACGUCUUAAACUUCAAGUGGAUUCACAGACUCAGUUUGUGUUGCCUGCAGUGCCAAAGGCGACCAAGAGAUGUCAGUCUGGAGCAAACUCCUGCUCAGCUGGGGAGUUUGUGUCUCAGCGCUGACACCAGAGGCAUUCAGGACAAUGUCUCUGUAAUCUUGGUCGCCAAUCUCUUCUGUCUCUUGCUAGAGUGCUGGCCCAUGUAGAAAAUCCCAGAAAGCUGUGCAGCCACAGAAUCUGCACCGUGAACCUUUUAUGUUUUAGUUUCUUGACUAUCAUUUUGUUUUGUAUAAGGAGACGUUGUUGAUGUAGUUGCUGUCAGUCGAAAUGGAAGCAUUAACUUUGGGCUUUUUUUUUUUCUUCUUUUUUUACGUGUGCCUGAACUAUCCAGCACAGUGUGCAUACGUGCUAAUGCUGCUGUUCCCAUGUUGUAUUCUGUGGGGUCAUAUUGAUCCCGACCCCCCCUCCCCAUCCCACCCCCACCCUUUCUUAUCCCACAUACCCCUAUCCAUUAGAAAUCCACUGCAUUACACCCCGUUUUCCCCCUCUCAUCCCUCCCACCCCCCCCCGUCCCAAAUCUCUAAUGUCGGUGUAAGCUAAUCCAAGGAUUGUGUGAAACACAGAAGUGUGGAGAGAAACUCAAAGAACACUGAGCCCUUUUUGAGUUUGACUGUACACGUGUGGAUGACUUCUGUGUGGAUGAGGUGUGAUGUCUGCGUGCGAGUGUAAGUGUUUCACACAAGACGGAGAGAAAAAAAAAGUACGUCUUUAAAUUUCAUGUGUCAAAAAAAAAAAACUUUUAGCGAGGCACUUUGAAGGAAAGACUUCUUGCUUCUGCUGUAGCUCUGUUAUUGUGAGAUAACUGUGUAUCAUUUAUUGAUGAUGAUGAUGAUGAUGAUGAUGUUGUUGUUAUUUUUCUUUUAAUGGGAAAAGACAAAAAAAAAAUCUUAAACGAAAGUUAGAAAACCAGGUUUUCCAGGAGGGAUUUGCUUCCGGUUACCCCAACCACACCUUAUUUGUCUUCCGCUUAUCCCAGAUUCCUGGUCAACACUUUCGAAGCUUUGGAUUGUGAAUUUUACCAGUAAAUGAAUACCUCCUCUGUUUAUUUUCACUAUAAAGACAUAUGAGAAGUGCUCUUUAUUGAGCAGAGUCUCUUUUUCUGGGCUGCCAGGUUCCCAUCGCUCGGGGAUCCGGCUCGCCCACACGAGGCCUACUGUGGUCGAUUAGCUGUCGAACGCAAAGGGUUGUUUGUAGCUGUGCUUAUUUCCCUGCUGGGGAAGUCUAACAAGUGCAAAAGCAGCUUUUUUUUUUUUUUUUUGAAGAGAGGUGCAAAACCUCUACCGUUUUUGUUUUUGUUUUUGUUUACUAAAACCAGUAAAGUACUGCACUCUCCUGGGGUUGUAUUGAGAGAAAUGGACAGAUGGAUGAGUGAUAUGAGGAGGAGGGUGACGAUGUAAAGGAAUGGUACAUUUGGAAGUGGUUUGAGAGGAAGUGGAGGUUUUUUUUCAGACUUCUGACUGAUGUCAGUUACUGACACUUUUUUUUAUAUGAAACUAAAUGGAAAAAAGAUGACAAAAAAAAUAAUAAAACUAUGAUAUUGAA